AUGCCUCCCCCGUCGAAAAGCCCUGCUCUGCACCUUCAGGUUCUCCCUGACCCUUUCUUUGUCGUCCAGCUCCAACCCGGCCAGGAGAUAGCCCCUUGCAUUAUCAACGAUCUCACAAAUGGGAAGGGCAGUUUCUUUUCCGUGACACGGACAAAGGACGAAGUUUCGUUGGUCGGAGAGGCAUAUACAUGGAUGCCCGAUUCUUAUAAGGAACAGUCGACGUGGAUGUGUAUUAAAAUCCAAGGGCCGAUGGAGCAUAGCUUGACUGGUAUAAUGGCCUCGUUGACGGCCCCCUUGAAGCUCGCCAAAGUUCCAGUGUUCGCAUUGUCGACCUGGAAUACCGAUUAUGUUCUCGUCCCUACUGAGAUGCUAUCAGAAGCAGUCAGAACACUCGAACGAGAUGGAUGGGUGUUUUCACAAGGGAUGCCAAAGAACGGUGUUGCGAGGCUAUAG